AUGUCUACUGAAGAAUCAAUUAAAGUGGUUAAACCUAUCAUUGAAGAUAGAAUCUAUGUCAGUAAUGUCGACUUCAAAGCAACUGAAGAUGAAUUAAAAGAAUUAUUCGAAGGUUUAAAAGUUACUGAAGUUCAAAUUCCAUUUAAAGAAACUAAACGUGGUGAAAGAACUUUUAAAAGACAUUUAGGAUUUGCAUUUGUUCAAUUUGAAUCAAAGGAUGAAGCUGAUAAAGCAAUUGAAGAAUAUAAUGGUAAGAAAUUUCAAAGAAGAAAUAUUUUUAUUAAAAAAGCAGUUCCACCUCCAACUGAAGAAGAAAAAAAGGAAAGAAUAGAAAUUUAUAAAGCUAAAAAGGAAGAAAAGAAAAAAGCUGAUAAAGAAAAAGCUGAAGCUGCUGCUGCAACUGCUAAAACUGCAACUCCAGCUAAGGAAAGACCAGUUAAAAAAGUUAAAGAUUCAACUACUAAUGGAGAAGAAAAAGUUCCAGAAGGUAAAGCAUCAACAGACACUAUUUUUAUUACAAAUUUAGAUUAUAAAGUUAAUGUUAAAACUUUAAAUAAUCUUUUUAAAGAUUUAAAACCAAAAUGGAUUCAUGUUCCAACUAGAAAAAUCCCUCUUCAUAUUUUAAAAAAAGGUACUAAUCAAAGACCUUUUAAUAAAGGUAUUGCAUUUGUUAAAUUUUCUAGUGAAGAAGUUCAAAAGAAAGCUGUGGAAGAAUUUAAUGGUCAAGAAAUUAAUGGUCGUGAAAUCAUUGUUGAUAUUGCCAUUGAUGCUAGAAUUCCAAAAGAUGAUGAAGUAGUUGCUGCCAAUGGUGGUGAUGCUGCUGAUGCUGAAGAAGAGGAAGCACCUGUUGUUGAAGAAGAAGAAAAGAAAGAAGAAUCAACCUAA